AUGUACGAUGUUGAGCACCCGGCGUAUAAGGAACUGGGUAAAAUAGGCAAGGAAAUUACAACCAAGGUCAAGCCGCGUGCCGUUGUAGUGUUCUCGGCGCACUGGCAAGGUGGUGAUGAUACGGUUCAAGUCAAUACGGCUGAGAUGACGGAGUUGAUCUACGACCACUACUACAAGGAGAAGUACCCCAAUGUUGGUAGCAAGGAGAUUGCCAACAAGGUGCUCGACGCGCUUCAGCAGGCUGGGAUCAAGGCCGAGGGUGUCAAGAGGGGAUUGGACCAUGGGGUUUGGGCAAGCUUCAAGUGCGAAGACCCUAUGCAGCACUACCGGCUCGGAGAAGCGGUGUCUAAGCUCCGCGAGGAAAACAUCCUGAUCAUUGUGUCUGGAAUGGCAGUCCACAAUCUGCGCGAUUUCCGGUUCACUUUUAAUGAUGCUCGGCCCUUGCCGUAUACCGUUAGCUUUGACGAGGCGCUCAAAGACGCAGCUACCAAGCCCCCGGCCGAGAGGCCUCAGGCGUUGGUUGAUCUGCUGAAACGGGGGGAUGCGCGACAGGCGCACCCGUAUUUUGACCACCUUCUUCCCAUUCACGUGGGCGCUGGAGCUGCGGGGGAGGAUCGGGGCGAGAGGUUAUGGACCUUGAAGGAAGGGAGCAUGAGUUGGGCACAGUAUAGAUUUGGUGAAGUGGCGAAUGCCAGCGCGCUGUAGCGAUUAGCCGAUAGUAAUGAAUCAAGCAAGUUCAACCGAG